GCAUUUGCCGUGCAAGACGACAUGGGUGGGAGGUACGAGGGUACCAAGCAUGGGAGCAGCGGAAGGGCGGCGGCGAUGUGUCUCCUGCUGCCUCUUCUUGUUCUGAUUGUCCUUAAGACUGGUUUCCUGCCGCAUUUCGCUCACUUUAGGGAGACCAGAUACAUCAAAGACACAGACAAAAUGGUUCAAACGGUUCCAUACUUUGGUUUGGACAGUGCAAGAUGGCAGAGACAACCACAUGAAUCGGAAGCUGUAAAAGAGUACAACAAACAAAACAAAAUCCUUCCUACGAGUGGACCAAAAGAUAGUUCUUCGAUAAGUUCAGACGUGGGAGCCCCUAUCAGCAAGUUAACCUGCAACUUUGACACUCCUCACUCGGACACCUGCACAAUGGAAGGUGACUUGCGGAUCCAUGGCAAAUCCGCCACAGUCUAUGUCGUCGCAGCAUCGACCCACAGGCCGGAGAAUUCUUCGAUCACGAUCCGCCCAUACACGCGAAAGUGGGAGCAAGAGACCAUGUCGAGGAUCCGGGAGAUCACCAUGAGAUCCAUGCCACCAGCUUUCAGUUUCAUUAUCCCACCCAAGUGCACGGUCAGUCACGGCGUGCCGGCGGUGGUCUUCUCCACCGGCGGCUGCGGCACCAACUUCUUCCACGCCAUGAGCGACCUCAUCGUGCCACUCUACAUCACGUCACGUGAGUACAAUGGCCGCGUCCAGCUGCUCAUUGCCGACUACGAGCCCAAAUGGGUUGCCAAGUUCAGGCCGAUCCUCGCCGCACUGUCCAUGUACCCGGUCAUCGACUUCGACGCCGACACCGCCGUGCGCUGCUUCCCGUCGGCGCAUGUUGGGCUGGAGAGUCACAACAAGAUGCUUGCGAUCGACCCGAGCCUCUCCCGGAAUGGCUACACUAUGAUGGGAUUCCGUGACUUCCUGAGGUCUGUCUUCUCGCUGCAGCGGCCAUGGUCUAAACCCGUUAGCCGCAGGAGCUCAUCAGGGCGGCAGCAGAAGCCUCGGCUCGUCAUGGUUCUGCGGCGGCACUCGAGGGAGCUGACGAACGAAGCCGAUGCCAUCAGCGCCAUGGAAGACCUCGGCUUCGAAGUGGUGGCUGCGUUGCCAGAGGAUGUUAGGGAUAUGGGCCACUUCGCCGGGGUGGUGAACUCCUGCGACGUGAUGGUUGGCGUGCAUGGUGCUGGGCUGACAAACAUGGUGUUCCUGCCUCACAACGGCACCGUAGUGCAGAUCGUCCCUUGGGGUGGCAUGAAGUGGGCGUGCUGGUAUGCCUUUGGUGAGCCUGUGCCAGCCAUGGGUCUCCGGUACGUCGAGUACGAGGCGACGGCGGAGGAAACCACAUUGAAGGAGAAGUACCCAAGGGAUCACCCGGUGUUUGCCGAUCCUCAGUCCAUACAUCGCCAGGGUAAAACUUGGGCGACCUUCCUCAAUGGCCAAAAUGUUACUCUGGACAUCGACCGGUUCAAAGGGGUAAUGCAGCAAGUGUUCCAAUCCAUCACGAUGGAGUAGAGUUGGAAGCAUGCAGUCAGAGUUGUGGUGGAGGAUCAACAAUGCCAACUUUUGCUUUUCUUUGAUGUUUUAGCUUUAUUAGCUCCUAGUGAGGAGUCACUAUGUUGUGGAGUAGUACAUGAAGAUAUUGGAAAUAUAUAGCAGCGCACAGGUUCACUUUUUGGUCGGUAUAUCUGUAGUGCUUUCUUGUAUGCCUCAAUUGUUGUAGUCAGGACCUGAGGGGUCCAUGCUUAUCAGA